AUGCGUAUCCAUACGCCUCCAUCCGCCGUCGAUGUCGUCGUCGUAGGAAGCGGGAAUGCCGGAUUCUCUGCUGCCGUAUCUGCUGCCGAAAGGGGGGCCGGUCGCGUUAUUCUCAUCGAUAAAUGCCCUGCAGAGUGGGCUGGUGGGAAUAGCUUCUUCGCCGCUGGAGCCUUUCGCACAGUGCACGACGGCACGGAAGACAUCCUGCCUAUUGUCAACAAUGUCGAUUCCGAAAUCGCCCGCAUUAUCGAUCCGGAGCCGUACUCUCAGCAUGAUUUCCGCAGAGAUGUGGACCGAAUGACUUCGGACCGUACCGAUCCUGCCUUGAGUCAGAUCCUGAUCGACGACUCCAAUGAUGCCAUCAAAUGGCUCGCGAGCAACGGCGUGCGCUUCCAGUUAUCGUUCAACCGCCAGGCGUACAAAGUGAGCGGACGAUUCAAGUUUUGGGGCGGAAUGACAUUGAAAACCGAAGAUGGUGGCAAAGGCCUGACCGAGGACCAUGAAGCUGCUGCCCGGAGGCAUGGAGUGGAAGUCUAUCACUCUACGCCGGCAAGACGGAUUGUCACCAAUGUUUUCAGCGCAAUAGUAGGACUCGUGGUCGAGUGCAAUGGCGUCGAAACUCUCAUCAACACGCGAGCCGUUAUCCUUGCGGCUGGAGGCUUCGAAUCGAACCCGCGUCUUCGCGCACAAUAUCUUGGUCCUGGCUGGGACUUCGCUUGGCUGGGGGCGGGCUGCCACUCUACACGCUGGGAUGCCAACGCACCAGCGAACGGCGGUGACCGCACCAUUUCGAGCGAGUUCACCAAAUCCGGAUAUCCUCUUGGCCUUAUGGUCAACACCAUCGGCGAGCGUUUUGUUGAUGAGGGCAUGGACAUGCGCAACUAUACCUACGCAAAAUUCGGGCGUACCAUCCACGAACAGCCUGACGGUGUCGCCUUCCAGGUCUGGCAUCAGCACGCCAUUCCGUGGUUACGCUCCGAGGAAUACCGCGACGAGAUCGUUCACAAGAUCUGGGGUUCUACGGUCGAAGAACUCGCUGAAAAACUCCGUGCGGAGGAGGGACUGAGCAGCCCAGACAAGUUUAAUCCAGCAGCUAAGUGGGAUCCUGCCAUCAAAGAUGGACUGUCGACACAGUCCUCCCGCACCAAGCUGCCCCUUGCGAAGUCUAACUGGGCACUUCCAUUCGAUCAAGGACCGUUCAUAGCCGUAAAGGUGUGUUGUGGUGUUACCUUCACAUUCGGGGGGCUCGCCGUGAAUCCGGAGACUACUGCGGUAAUUUCCCGGUCUGGCCGCGAAGUGGCGGGCUUGUUUUGUGUUGGUGAAAUGCCCGGUGGUGGACUCACAUCGAGCGCUGUAUUCGGACGAAGGGCCAGGGCAGCCGCAGCGAGUCUCGUCGCCGGGCAAUCCGCCAUGAGUCGUGACCUUUCAACUCCAACGCGCGGGGGGCCCAGCUCGUAUGCUCGCUUGUAG